AUGGAUUCUGGAGAAAUGAAAACAUGUCAUUUGAUGGCUUUGAAGAGCUUCCAGCAGUUCUUGGCGGACAGCGGUGGAGAGAGAGAGAGAGAGAGAGAGAGAGAGAGGUAUAGAAAGGAGAGAGGGAGCGGAGCAUCAGUGCUGCGACCAGAGAGGAGAGAGGCUCGUCAGCGAACACCCAGCGGCUUGUUUUCAGGCCCAGCUGCAUCAUCCCUCACCAUGACUAAAGAGGAGAACCUGGAGGUGCAGGAGAAGGAGAGGCACAACAAUGAGGAGCAGGAGGAGGGAAAGGCCCAGAGAGAGGAUGAGGAGGCACUGACGGAGGAAGAGGAAGAAGAAGAAGAUGAGGAGGAAGAGGGGGAGUAUGAGCUAGAGGAGGAGAGAGCAGAGGUGGAAGAUGAGGAGGGGGACGACGACGAACUGGAGGAGGAGCGGGAGGAGAGAGAGGAGGAAGAGGAGGGUCCACUGGCCGGCCCAGAGUGUGAAGCUGAGCUGGAGCCGGAGCCGGAGCCUGAGCCUGAGCCGGUGUCUGUGUCUGAGUACCAGAGUCCGGUUCACGAGCCACGUCGCCGACCUAUGGUGCACCCCUCCGCCCAGGCACCGCUUCCCAAAGACUACGCGUUCACCUUCUUCGACCCCAACGACCCGGCCUGUUUGGAGAUCCUCAUGGAUCCUCGGACAACCAUCCCAGAGCUGUUCGCCAUCGUGCGUCAGUGGGUUCCCCAGGUGCAGCACAAGAUCGACACCAUUGGUAACGAGAUCCUGAAGCGUGGCUGCCAUGUGAACGACCGCGAUGGUUUGACCGACAUGACGCUGCUUCACUACAGCUGUAAGGCCGGAGCCCAUGGUGUUGGUGACCCGGAGGCAGCGCUACGUCUCACCAGUCAGCUGAUCUCUCUGGGUGCUGACGUGAGUCUGAGGAGCCGCUGGACCAACAUGAACGCUCUGCACUAUGCCGCUUACUUCGACGUCCCAGAACUGAUCCGAGUCCUGCUCAAAGCUGCCAAACCCAGAGUGUUGAACUCCACAUGCAGUGACUUCCACUAUGGUACAGCUCUGCACAUCGCCGCCUCCAACCUGUGUCUGGGUGCAGUCAAAUGUCUGCUGGAGCACGGAGCCAACCCCACUGUCCGGAACGAUAAGGGCCAGGUUCCAGCCGAGGUGGUUCCUGACCCGAUGGACAUGAGCCUGGACAAGGCCGAGGCCGCCAUGGUGGCCAAAGAGCUGAAGCAGCUGCUGCUGGACGCUGUCCCUCUGAGCUGUAACCUUCCCAGGGCCACGCUGCCCAACUACGACAACAUCCCGGGAAACCUGAUGCUGUCCUCACUGGGGCUGAAGCUGGGAGACCGUGUGGUGCUGGAGGACAUGAAGCUCCAGAGAGACCAGAGCAGAGACGACAGCCCGGCUGCAGACCUCAGACAGAACGGCACUCUGAGGUUUUGUGGUACUACAGAGUUUGCCAGCGGUCAGUGGGUUGGCGUGGAGCUGGACGAGCCUGAGGGAAAGAACGAUGGCAGCGUGGGUGGUGUUCGCUACUUCAUCUGCCCUCCUAAGCUAGGGAUUUUUGCCCCCGUGUCAAAGAUUUCCAAGGCCGUGGAUCAGACACCUUCGUCUGUCACAUCCACUCCCCAAACCCCCCGCAUGGACUUGGCCUCCCGCCUUGCUGGAAAGACCAAGAAGGAGAAAGAGAAGAAGGAGAAAGAGAAGAAGGAGAAAGAGAGAGAGAAAGCCCACAAGAAGAAGUCGUCAGUGGCAGGUCUGGAUCCGGAGGGAAUGAACGUGGAGGUUGGAGAUCAGGUUCUGGUGGCUGGGCAGAAACACGGAAUCGUCCGCUACUAUGGCAAGACGGACUUCGCUCCAGGUUACUGGUUUGGGAUCGAGUUGGAUCAGCCGACAGGGAAACAUGACGGCUCUGUGUUUGGAGUCCGUUACUUCAGCUGCCUGCCCAAAUAUGGAGUGUUUGCUCCACCUUCCCGUGUCCAGAGAAUCGGAGGCCCUAAAGACGGCUCCCAGAAUGACAGCUCUAUGGUGAAGAAGGUCCAUCAGGUCACCAUGUCGCAGCCCAAGCGCAACUUCAACACGAUGCGGUCUCCUAAAGACCUGACCUCGGAGAGCUCCAUAUCCAGGUUGCUGUUCUGCUGUUGGUUUCCGUGGAUGCUUCGUGCUGAGAUGCAGUCCUAACUACACCCUCCUCUGCUCCUCCACCAGAUUGAGCUGUCGCUCUUCUUUCUCUCCAUUUCUUACUUUCACAACCCCCUGAGUCUCCUCAAACUAUCGCUGUUGUCGGUCAAACUCCUCAUAGUGAAACCCUGUCUCUCUUCUCUUACUCUCAGCCCAAAUCCUUCUGAUUUAGUCAUUCUAUAGCAAAAUCUAUAGUGCCUUGUAUUUGAUCAAAACGUUCAGUAUUCCUUUAACGAAACUGAAUCUCCAGCUGUCCCCUAAAAUAUUCUCUGUCACAUAUCGUUACAUUUCCACCAGUUCUUAGCUCAUUGUUCCAGCUUGGUGUUUAUUCAUUAUGUAUCUUUUUUGGAGCAGAACAUCAGUUAGCGAGUUUCUUUAAGCGCAACAAAAACCACAUAAACUUAGUUUUUAAUGCCAAAUUUUUUGUUUAUGCUGCUGCUAGUUUUGGGUCUUGGGAGAUUUUGAAUUCAGUGCCAGACAAAUUUAUCAGAAGCUUGUGUGUAAGUCCAACUCGGCAAGGAAAUGAUCUUGAAGUUCAGUUCACAAAUUUCUGUGUAAUCAAGCAAAAAACAUACUGGCCUAAGUACCUGAACACAAGCGAUGACAACAUACCCUCAGGGUUUCUUGUUGCUUAAAACUCAGUAAGAGUAUGAGUUGUUUGUUUGGACCCAGAUCUGGCUGCUACUUCCUCACCACUUGUUUGACACCAAGACAUUUUAUUUAACAGUCACCUUGUUGUGUAGACUCAUAGUUCUCUAUUAAAUUGAGACUCUCUCCACCCAGUUCACGACUGAUCCCAUGGACGCAGUUAACACUACAGUAGCCGUGUGUCCAUGUACUAAUUGGCAAAAUGUAGCUAAAAAAAACCUUUUAUUCAUCGUCAUAUGCGCUGGAUAGUUUGUCCACUCAGUCACCACUUCAGAUCCAAUCUCAAUCCUAGAAAUGUUUCUAACUCUAAACUGCGUGUGAGGAGCUUUAAUCACCUGCAUGCACUGAUGUCCAAACAGGGUUAACUAUAGCGUCAUUUAUCGUGGUGUGCUGCGGUCCGUUUUAGCUCUCAGACAUAUGUAACAGGGUUCAUUUCACUGUUGGGAUCACAGAUAUCAAAAUGGGCAGAAGAAUAGUGUAGCUGACGUUGUGCUAGUCAUCCUUUCACAACAAAACUGAAGUUAUUUUUUCCUUCAUUACUUUGAAAAAACGUUUUUUAAUAGAUCAGAUAUCGUAGUUAGACAUUAUAGCAACUAAACACUGUAGAGUAAGCAUUAUUAUAAAUCAGAAUAAUGCCAAAUACAAACAUAAUCUAUCUAGUUAAGUUAAAUUAUUGUAUGUCAUAGAAAUCUAAUAAAUCACUUCGGUUGUAAUCUGUUGUCAACCAAAACUGCUAACAGACCCAAAAUCAUGACUUCUCUUGAUGCAGCUUAAAAAGUGUUUUCAGCCCCGCUACAUGUGAUAAUGUUUUUGUGUUGGUGCUGUCACACUUAAAUCUGAAAAUAAGAUUAAUUCAAAGUUAAUGUCAGCUUUAAAACCAGUGGGAGUUAAUGAUAAUCAGCUGUACAGUUCAGUGUCCCUUCGUCAAACCUUAACCAUCUCAAGGUUUUUCAUUUUUAAAAUGUAAACACUGGUCAUGCUCUCCUAUAAAAGGCUUCCUCUCUUUCUCUUCCCCUCAUCUCUCGUCCCUCUUUCUCUCUUUAGACUUCAGUAACUUCUGUGAAUGUGAGCAUCUACAAAAAGACAAAAACACAAGUUAAUCUAAACCUACGUGUGCUCGAUGUGAAAAUCUCUCUCAAAGUUUGUGCAUAACUGAAAACAGCAAUAUGUGAACAGUGUACCUAUCUGUGUAUGGAAACGGUUCCUGUGUCUCUUUCCACUCUGUAAGCACACUAGUACAGAGAGAUGAACACGCUCACACUCUCAUGGUGAGGCUGCCGGGGGCGAGACGCUGCCGAGACACAUGUUCAGAUGCUUUCAGGCUGGAAACAUAACCAGACAGCCAAAUGAAAUCAAGCUCCGCAGUGACUGGUGGAUUCAAAGCUUAAAGAGCCACUGUGAUUUGGUGGCCACAGCGGCAAAUAAUUAAGACUUUACCCAAAAACAGUCUGAAAUCCAAUUAUGAAACUAUUUGUAAUAAUAAAAAUGUGUAAACCAUUAUUUCACCUGCAAAUUAUAAUUCAUAAGCGUUCACUUGUCGAGCUGCAUCUGGUUUAAAUAUUCCCCUUUUUCCCGCGAUACUUUGGACACAAACGUUCACAUUUCUGUAAAAAUUUGAUGAAAAACAGGAAAAUGACUUGUGAAUUUUGGUUAACAAAAACUUUAUUAUGAAGCCACUGAGCAAAAAACUUUCUCAACCUGAUGAUGUUAGUGUGGAGUCAGAGGAAGCAAAUAUCAGGCUGAACUUCUCUCAGUUCGUCUUUGUGCUCUGCAGCCUCGGCUAAAGGAAUCACCUCUGUUGCUCCUGCACGCUGCUGUGGAUAACUGUUCAGUUUGUGCCCGUGGAGUCAGCUUCAAAUUAUACUAAUGACAGCUACCGUGCUUACAGUCAUUGGGUGCUCUGUUCAGCUCAGCCGGCUUUAGAAUUUACUCAGACCGUGAGUGGAGCAAAGCUUCCCAUUUCCAGCUCAAAGCUUAGCUGAGUGUUGAUGCUACUGUGCAGGAAAUGACAGGCGGCCGAGUGGUGCAAAAAUAAAUAUCAGCCAACUCUCAAGCUUUGGUUCGAGUUAUGUGACAGAAACAAUCGCUCUGGCGGGGCUUAUGUCAAAGUGCUUUUUGGCCCAACGAUCCAUAGUUUACCUGGUUUCGCCACCACGUGAGGUUGCAGAGUGUCUGCAGUCACAGCUGAAUGAAAAGAACAGACACUGGAAAGAUGUGGUGAAAAGGCACAGACAGUUAGCAAAUCUGGAAUUCAUGUCAUGUUAACACAAUAUGCAGACGACUCUCAGCUUUACAUUCCAUUCAUUCUACCCAAAGAAAAGAGCCUGAUAAACUGAAGUUAAUCCACACAUUUUAUAAUUUCACACCCAGGAAUUGUUUUGCUACUAAUACGCUGCUGUAGCACCCUGUUCAGUGCUAAAGCUCCACAGAGUCCAGGUCUGCUGACUUUGACUUAGGUGAACAUUGACAUUUGUGGGCCAUGGUGAUGGUGAAAGUGUGUCUUUGUACAGUAAACAUGCAGUACAGUUGGUAUGUCCCAGUGAACAUGGUGUUCUGACUAUACUGUCAGUGUGAAGCUCUCUCUGGUUUGGCCACCGACAAUCACUGGAGAGCCCCCGGUUAGUCAUGUUACAGUAACAUAGUAUAUAAGCUUUCCUCAUGACACAUUUUCAGUUUGAUUUGCUACAUUUAAAGGACCGUGCUGGUUCGGCCUGUCUCAGCUGCAAACUACAGAAUAUGCACUCCACAUUUCUGCUGACUCAGCUUCUUUAUGUUUUCAGAUUGAUUUCCUUGUUUCCAGGCAGCCUUCAGUUCCUGUUCACUUACAAGAAAAUCAAUGUGACCCCUUCUGCAGAAACCUGGCAUCCAUGUCAAAAUGUAGUUUCACUGAAGAAUGGCGAGACAUCUGAGAACUGACAGCUGGCUGCUGCGUUGUCAGAAAAUCAAACCGUGAAGACAAACAACAAGCAGGUAUAGAUUUUAAGAUAGACGUCUCAUAUAUCAAAACUGCUGCCAGAAGUGAUGACACGCUCAGAGCUACUUCUGCUAAACUACCUGACAUGGAAUGAAAGCACCGUGGCAAGAUGCAUCAGUGUCUUGCUUCACUGUGCCAAAAAUCCCAUGAGCACCGCAGUCAAGACCUUUUUUAUAAUACGCAGCAGUGCAAGGAUUUACGGUGUAUUAGGACUAGCAUCGUGUGUUUGGAUUCAAUCCUUCUGUACAGAUGCAGGACCAAGAGUUACCCAGUAGAAGUUACCAUUUCAACAGCACAGAAUCUUUCACACAGUGGAGAGUUUUGAUAGUUUAGUGAUUAAGAAAGCUUUGUUCGCUAGCAGCCAGCUAUUCGAUGUCAAGUGUCACAAAGUAAAGAUUUGAAAAUGGCUUUGACUGUGAUGAAUUGUCUCUCUGCAGCGAGUUUUAGGUUUCUUCAUUUUCAGAGAAAUGAACUGAAACCUGGGAAAGAAGAAAAUCAAUCAGACUGAUUUUGAAAAACAAAAAUGUAAAGUAUUUGUGAUUUGUAGCUAAUCGGCUGAAACGCUCAGCCUCACUGGUUUGAGUCCUCUAUAACUGAUCGGUGUACGUAAUGUUGAACUCAUUGUCAUAGACAUUAACUCAGCAGUGGUUGUUUUAACAUUGAUACGUCUUAAGAAUAUACAGUAUAUAGCCUAUAUUUUGAUAACCUCACUAAGUGUACUUUUUGUUCUCUGGUUUUGUAGUGUGAGUGUGUUACUUUGUGCUCGGUUACAGUCCAUGUGUGAGAGUCACUCCUGUUUUAAAAGUGUGUGAAGCCGCCGGACUUUAAAGGGGAAACGGGAGAAUGAGCAUCAAAAGUCUUCAUCCUAACAGCUACUCACUGCAUGCUCUCUCUCUCUGUAGCCUUCUGUCCCUCAGUAUUUUUUGAUUUGACUUUAUGUGUAUCUUCUCAUCAGCAUGGUAAUGCUUCUAAUAAUAAUAGUGACAACACUUAUGAAUAUAAUAAAGAAUUUGAUGUUUUUUUUCUA